UUUCAGUCCAAUGAAAGCUGUGAAUGAAAGCAGUGACAGUGUGAAUCCAUGACAUUUGCUGAGUCUUAACCGAUCGUCGACAUUAAUGCACGAAGGCGAACGUGCGCAUUAGCUCUGAAACGCAUCGAGCAUCACAGACACUCCACCAAUGCUUGAAUCAUUGCCGACAUAGUGUCACUGUGGACACGGUGUCGAUCAAUCGAACGACAACAUGACCGAGCGAGUCGGCGACGGCAACGGCAACGGCCAGCCGAUGACGAACCAGUCGUGGAACCAGCUGCGCGAGGCAGCGAGGGACAUCCGACGCCAGCAGACGGCUAUCGCUAGUCGCGUGCCGAGCGGGUUCGUGUUCCGUGCGGCGGCCGGCGUGGGAGCGGGAGCGGGAGGGCGCAUCUACUUUCUCGGUGUUCCGAAGCACAGCCGCGAGAACACGAUCAUGUACGUCGAUGUUCCCGCGGCAACGGCAGUGGGGCGAGAUGCACCGCCCGCCACGCUGCCGUGGAAACACCUACUCGAUUCCUUCCAGGCAACACCAUUUAUGGGUCAGUACUCGAAGGAAGAACAGCUGCUACGUGAGCGUAAGCGUCUCGGAAUGAUGGGCAUCACGUCCUUCGACGUCGACAUGGCCACGGGAAAGUUUGUCUUCCCAGCGUGCAAUAGCCUGUUCUUCUGCACUGAUGGAAAUUUUACGCAGCAGCCAAUGUUUCCAACGGAGAUCCAAAGCGUGUGUAUCGGUGCUCGGAUGGAUCCCAAGAUCUGUCCAACGAACCCGGAUCUCGUUGCCUUCAUCCACAACGGCGACAUCUGGGUUACGAACACAACGUCAGGCUGCGAGAAGCGCAUCACCCAUGUGCACAAAGGGGGUGUAAGUCUGCAGGAAGACCCCAUGAUGGCUGGUGUGCCUUCAUUCGUCGUUCAAGAAGAAUUCGACAGAUAUACGGGUCACUGGUGGCAGCCCUGUAGUCAAGAUGAGGGAACAGGACUGUAUAGGAUACUGUAUGAACUUGUAGAUGAGUCUGAUGUGGAGAUUCUUCACAUUGUCUCCCCAGUCAGUGAUGGCAAGGGAAUAGAUGAAUACAGGUAUCCUAAAGCAGGUACCCCCAAUGCCCGGUGCUCCUUGCGAAUGCUAAUCUUUAGGCUAGAUAGCAAUGGUCAAAUUCGACCCGAUGUCGAAGACUAUUCAUUGGUAGAUGAACUGUGUAACCUGUUUCCGUGGAUGGAGUACAUUGUGCGGGUCAACUGGACACCCGAUGGACAGUUUGUGUGGGUGCAGCUGCUGAGCAGACGGCAGGACAGAAUUGCGGUCGUUCUCGUGCCGCUCUCCUGCUUCUGUAAGUCAGCACACGACGCUGCGCUACGUUGUGGUGACGCGGCAGCGGGAGCGCAAUCGCCUCACCACCAGGGCUACGGUGGCGCCUUCUCUUCUGUGCAAGUCCUCUAUGAGGAGACGAGUGAAUGUUGGAUUAAUGUGCACGACUUGUUGCAUUUUCUCCAUCCUAUCGUCGAUGACGAGGUGACCUUCAUCUGGGCUUCCGAGGAAUCAGGCUUCAGACAUCUCUAUCGCAUCACAUCGCAGCUGCAAGAGCGGCAGAAUCCCACCUCGCAUCAUCACUGUCACCACGGCAACCUGGAUCUGAUGGAUUCGAAUGACGCGGAGUGUCUGACGGCACGCGUGACUAGCAAGGUGGCGCUGACGUCGGGAGCGUGGGAGGUGAACGGCAAGCAACUGUGGGUGGACGAGCUGUGUCGUGUCGUCUACCUAGUCGCCUACAAAGAUUCACCGCUAGAGACGCACCUGUACGCCGUUUCCUACGACAACCCGAGCGACAUCGUGCGGCUGACAGCGGAGGGAUGCUCUCAUCAUGUUGCCAUGGAUACGAGCUGUGGCGUGUUUGUUACACUGUACAGCAGCGUAACGACGCCGGCCGUCGCAGACGUCUACAGCAUCAACGCCGCCACGCCCCUCUCCACACCCCCACACCUCCUGGGGCGCAUCAUGGAACCCACAGGUGUGGCGCCGGACUAUCAACAUCCGCAUCUGUUUAACUUCACGAGUCAGUGCGGACACGAGGUGUACGGCAUGGUCUACAGACCCUGCGCACUGCAGGAGGGAGUCAAAUACCCGGCCGUGCUGUUCGUAUAUGGAGGCCCCGAAGUGCAAUUAGUGACAAACUCUUAUAAAGGUGUCAGGUUUCUCCGGCUGCAGAUGUUGGCGUCGCUAGGAUAUGUCGUUGUUGUGAUUGACAACCGUGGCUCCGCCCACAGGGGCCUCGCCUUCGAGGGACAUCUCAGGCACCGCAUGGGAACUGUGGAGAUAGACGAGCACGUGGAGGGAUUGCAGUGGCUCGCUAACCAUGUCGACUACAUAGACCAGCAUCGCGUCGCUAUCCACGGCUGGUCCUACGGUGGCUACCUGUCGUUGAUGGGCCUCGCGCAGCGGCCGGACGUGUUCAAGGUCGCGAUCGCCGGCGCCCCCGUCACGUCGUGGGAGGCGUACGACACGGGCUACACCGAACGCUACAUGGACACGCCGCAGAACAACCCGGACGGCUACAAGAGCGGCUCGGUGCUCGAGUAUGCCAGCCUGUUCCCCAAUGAGUGA